UCGGCUCAUCUCCCAAACCCCGACCAGACAAAAAGUAACAACAGCAACCAGCGCGCAUGGGUCGCCGUCCAUCCCUCGGCCUCGCCCCCGCCGCCGCGGCGGCCGCGGCUGUCCUGCUGCUCAUCGCGGCCGCGGCGCCGGCCGCCAGGGCGCAGGAGGAGACGGAGGACGAGCACGAGUUCAGCUACGAUCCCCGCGACGCGCACGGGCCGGCGCGCUGGGGCGCGAUCAAGGCGGAGUGGGCCAACUGCAGCGCGGGGCGGAUGCAGUCGCCCAUCGACCUCUCCCACGAGCGCGUCACGCUGGCGCGCGCCCUCGGCUACCUCGACCACGCCUACCGCGCCGCCGCGGCCUCCAUCGUCAACCGCGGCCACGACAUCAUGGUGCGGUUCCGGGGCGACGCCGGGAGCCUCGUGAUCAACGGCACGGCGUACCGCCUGCGGCAGCUGCACUGGCACACGCCCACGGAGCACACCGUCGGCGGCCGACGCUACGACAUGGAGCUGCACCUCGUGCACGAGAGCGCCGCGGGUAAGGCGGCGGUGGUCGGCGUCCUGUACGAGGUCGGCGCCGCCCCCGACCCGUUCCUGCGCGCGAUGGAGCCCGCCGUCCGCCGGAUCGCCGACCGCCGGGACAGGGAGGAGGACGUCGGCGUCGUCGACCCGCGCCGCGCGCGCGGCCGCGCCAGCGUCUACUACCGCUACAUGGGCUCCCUCACCACGCCGCCCUGCACCGAGGGGGUCAUCUGGACCGUCGUCAAGAGGGUUCGCACCGUGUCCAAGUACCAGCUGGAGCUGCUCAGGGAAGCCGUGCACGACGACAUGGAGAAGAACGCGAGGCCGCUGCAGGAGGUGCACGACCGGGACAUCAGCAUCUUCCGUCCAAAGCCCCACAAGCACUACUAGCUAGCUAGGUCCAGCAGCUUACUGUCAGUGAUGCAUGAGCUGACGUGGACACCCCGGUUGUUUCAGAAUUCAGAGCUAGAGAAUAAUAUACAUACAUACAUACGGGUGGCAUUCGAUUCGUUGGAGAUGGUUCGGUCUGGUCCUCCGGAAGAGAUGUAGAUGACGGGUAUCUUUUUUUUUGGUUUUUAGUAAUUCUUUGUACCUCUGUUAUGUGACUAAAUAAAGCAUCACUUCAUGCCCA